AAGUAUUUGAUUUCGAAUGCUUAUCGAUUAGGUUAGGUUUGGUUUUUUUUUUGCUCUGAGUGAAUCAAUCAAUCAAUCAAUCAAUCGAUAAAAAUCUUUAUAAAAAUUGAUUAAAUAAAAAAUGAUAACCACUUUAUUAAUAAUAACAUUUAUAAUUGGAUUUAUUAUAAUACGAUUAUCAAGAAUGGCCAAAAAUGGACAGAAUAAAACAUCAUUGAAUAAUCAACGAAAAAAUUCUGAUUCACAAUUAAAAUUUAUCGAUAUUGAUCAUCAACUUCCCCGAAGAAAUUUUGCAUUAUGUCCUUUGGAAUUGAACGGUGGUGGUGGACAAGUGGGAAAAACAACAACAACAAAAAAACUUGUUAUAAUAUUCGGGUGGUUAUUUGCACAAGAUCGUCAUCUAGAUAAAUAUAGAAAAUUAUAUUUAGAUUUAGGUUUUGAUGUACUGACAAUACGUACCGAUCUAAUACAAUUAUUAUUUCCAACAUUCGGUUCACAAAUAAUGAUGUUAAAAUUAAUAGAAUUUAUACGUAAAAAUCAAAAUCAAUAUAAUCAAUAUAUUGUACAUGCAUUUUCAGUUGGUGUUUAUGUUAUGGGUGAAUCAUUAGUAUUGAUGAAACAAAAUAGGAAUAAAGAUGUACGAGAUAUUCUGCGUAAACAAUGGAAAGGUGUUAUUAUUGAUUCAGCAGUGGAUGUAAAUGAAGGACCAAUCGGUCUGGCAAAAGCAACAACAACAAAUUUUCUAUUACAAAUAUUAAUUAUAAUUCUGAUAAGAUUUUAUUAUAUAAUAAAUUAUCCAUUAGCAACCAGGCAUUAUUUAGAAUCAUCUAGACAAAUACAUAUAAAUCCAUAUAAUUGUCCAUCAUUAGCAUUUAUAUCCAAAGAUGAUCCAAUGGUUAAUCAUGAUGAUCAUAUAAAAACAUUUGAAAAACAUCGUAAUAAUGGUUUAAUAGCUAUAGUAAAAUCAUGGAAUCAAUCACAACAUGUUGCACAUUAUUUAAAAUACCCAGAUGAAUAUCGUUCAAUAUUAAUAAAAUUUCUUGAUAAUGUUAUGUAACAAUUAACAUGACGAAA